ACGCCAGGGGAAGGAGGGCGGUCGUCCGGGUUAGGUUGUGGUGGUGGGGUGGAGGGAGUUGGUCCGUGCAGGGCAGGGGAUGACUCACGGCCCAUCCCAUCGCCGCGACACCGCCCGCCCGCACAGAGCUCGCUCUAUGGCUUAGCGGAGGAGGCAGUGGCGAAUGGGGGGAAGGGGACUCUUAUUUUGUUAGGGGGAUCGGGCCAAGGCCCGACAGGCCUGGCAGGGCUCGCCCGGGGCCGGGCGUCAUGUCUCAUGAGGCCGAGCCAGCUCGGGACGGCGUAGAGGCCAGCGCGGAGGGCUCUCGAGCCGUGUUCUUGCUGUUGGAGGAGCGCAGGCCGGCCGACUCAGCCCAGCUGCUCAGUCUGAACUCUUUGCUUCCGGAAUCGGGGAUUGUUGCUGACAUCGAGUUAGAAAACGUCCUUGGUCCCGACAGCGUCUACGAGCUCAAAAGCCAACCCCUGUCACUACGCUCAAGCCUCCCAAUACCACUGCAGGCCACCCCAGCCACCCCAGCUACACUCUCUGCAUCAUCUUCUGCAGGGGGCUCCAGGACCCCUGUCAUGUCGUCAUCUUCUUCAUCGCGGGUCUUGCUGCGGCAGCAGCUAAUGCGGGCCCAGGCCCAGGAGCAGGAGAGGCGUGAGCGUCGUGAACAGGCUGCAGCCUCUUCCUUCCCCAGCCCUGCACCUGCCUCUCCUGCCAUCUCUGUGGUUGGCGUCUCUGCUGGGGGCCACACGUUGGGACGUCCUCCCCCAGCUCAGGUGCCCAGGGAGGUGCUCAAGGUGCAGACCCAUCUGGAGAACCCGACGCGCUACCAUCUGCAGCAGGCGCGCCGGCAGCAGGUGAAACAGUACCUGUCCACCACACUUGGCCCCAAGCUGGCUUCCCAAGCCCUAACCCAACCACCAGGGGCUGCUAGUGCCCAGCCGCUCCCUGCCCCUGAGACUGCCCAUGCUACUGGCCCCACAGGCAGUGCUCCCAACAGCCCUAUGGCGCUGCUCACCAUCGGGUCCAGCUCAGAGAAGGAGAUUGAUGAUGUUAUUGAUGAGAUCAUCAGCCUCGAGUCCAGUUACAAUGAUGAGAUGCUCAGCUAUCUGCCUGGAGGCACCACAGGGCUGCAGCUCCCCAGCACGCUGCCUGUAUCAGGGAAUCUGCUUGAUGUGUACAGUAGUCAGGGCGUGGCCACACCAGCCAUCACUGUCAGCAACUCCUGCCCAGCUGAGCUGCCCAACAUCAAACGGGAGAUUUCUGAGACUGAGGCCAAGGCCCUUUUGAAGGAACGACAAAAGAAAGACAAUCACAACCUAAUUGAGCGUCGCAGGCGAUUCAACAUUAAUGACAGGAUCAAGGAGCUGGGCACCCUCAUCCCCAAGUCCAGUGACCCGGAGAUGCGCUGGAACAAGGGCACCAUUCUAAAAGCCUCUGUGGAUUAUAUCCGCAAGUUGCAGAAGGAGCAGCAGCGCUCCAAAGACCUGGAGAGCCGUCAGCGAUCCCUGGAGCAAGCCAACCGCAACCUGCAGCUCCGAAUUCAGGAGCUAGAACUGCAGGCACAGAUCCAUGGUCUGCCAGUUCCUCCUACCCCAGGGCUGCUCUCCCUGGCCACCACUUCAGCCUCUGAAGGCCUUAAGCCAGAGCAGCUGGACGUUGAGGAGGAGGGCAGGCCAGGCGCAGCAACAUUUCACGCAGCAGGGGGACCUACCCAGAGUGUUCCCCAUUCGCAGCCCCCAGCACCACCCUCGGAUGCCCUUCUGGACCUGCACUUUCCCAGUGACCACCUGGGGGAUCUGGGGGACCCCUUCCACCUGGGGCUGGAAGACAUUUUGAUGGAGGAGGAGGAGGGGGUGGUGGGUGCACUGUCAGGGGACGCACUGUCCCCACUGCGGGCUGCCUCAGACCCCCUGCUCUCUUCAGUUUCCCCUGCUGUCUCCAAGGCCAGCAGUCGCCGCAGCAGCUUCAGCAUGGAGGAUGAGUCCUGAUCAGGCCUCACCCCUCCCCCUGGGACUCUACCCAGGAAGGAGGACAAGUCAGGAUGAGGCCCCACCUUUUCCUCUACCCUUCCAUGGAGACUGCCCUGCCCAGGUGUUCUGGGGAAAAGAGAUGUGAUGAAGCCCCACCCCUGUAAGCAGGCAAGGAGGAGGAGUCAGAUGAGCCCUGCCCCUUCCCCCCAGGACCAGCCAGUGCAGUUAUUUCAGAUUUGGAGUAGGCAGUGGCAUCAAGGCCUAUCCCCUGGAGAUUACAGCCUAGCCCCUGCCCCGUGGGACCCACCCUUGCCCAGAUGAGGGAAGUAAACAGGAUGAGGUUGGCCCCUGUCCCCUAGGAACUGCCCUAGCCAGGUGUCCAGGCAUAAGGAGGUGUUAGGAUAUUGCACCAUCCCUUCUUGGAGCCACUGUCUAGUCAACCAUGGCAACAAAGAGGAAUCAAAGUGGUGGAGGUCCUACCCUGGGGGUUGAAGCGCUGCCCCUUCUCCAUGAACCCUACCCUGCCCAGGCAAGGAACAGAAGUGAGGAUAAGAGCCGGCCCCUUCACCUGGGAACUCAGUCCUGGCUUUGUAGCAGUGGCCGAGCCUGGUCCCACCACCCUCCCUACAGGAAACAGCCUAGCAAAAGCAUUUCAGGCACGGAGGAGUCAGAGCAGGCCACCGUGUGGAGAUCACAGCUCUUGCCCUUUUAGCAACAUCCCAUCCAAGCAUUCCAUACUGCAGGGAGGAGUGGUACUUAAGCUCCCCUGCCUUAAUGUGGGACCAAUGUGGCCUAAACUAGGAGGGCUCUAGGCCAAUCUUGCCCUUGCAGAAGGGGGCAUAUCUUGACAUCCUGUGGAUUGGCAUUCCAGACCUAGAUGAGGAGUGAGAGUUAGACUCCCACCCUUGGGCAGAGUCCCACCUCCUUCCUUGAAGGGCAGUUUAGGGAGGUGAUGGGGAUUAGGGGGUGCUGAUCCAGGUUUCCAAAACCAGCACCACAGCACUCUUUUGCAACAGAUAGAGGAAGAGGAUGGAAGAAGGGCCCUUUCUGAGGAGUUCCCUAUCCCAGGAAAGAGUGGAAUCCUGUCCCAAGGCAGAGGGUUGCAAAAGUCUAUGUACCUCAUCAUUUUAUCUGAUAGUUUUAUGGAUCCUCUAAUCCGAAGUUAGGUCACCCCCAACUCCUGGCCUUCACCCAGUUACCAAUUUGGAGGAAUUCUCCCCAUUUCAGAGUUACCAAGAGACUCCCCAUCAUCCCCACCCCUCCUACCACAUACACCCAAGGUUAUCAGUUUCAGGUUGUUGGGGCUAAGCCCCAAGGAAGGUGUACUGAGGGAUCUGUAGGUUUGUGGAUAAAAUAAAUGCUAGGCGUGUUUGAUGCGCUUUUAACUUUGGCAAA